AUGCGAGGAGAGGGAAGGUGCCUGCUAAGCCAGUGGGGUGGGAGAGUGCAGAGACCUGCCUGCCAAGGGAAGGGCCGGGCCGGGAGGCCUGACCCUUGGCUGCAGGAAUGGUCCUGGCUGAGCCUGGCCCUCUGGCAUCUCUGUCCCCAGGUUGUGCGUAAGAGCGAUGCUGACAGGGUCACGGUGAUCGGAGCCGGGGUCACGCUGCAUGAGGCCCUGGCCGCUGCUGACGAGCUCGCCAAGCAAGGCACCCACAUCCGGGUCAUCGACCUCUUCACCAUCAAGCCCUUGGAUGCAGCCACCAUAGUCGCCAGUGCCAGGGCUACUGGAGGGCGCAUCAUCACCGUGGAGGAUCAUUACAGAGAGGGUGGGAUUGGGGAAGCAGUGGCCGCGGCCGUGUCCGGGGAGCCUGGCAUGGUGCUCCAGAGCUUGGCUGUGUCGGGAGUGCCCCGGAGUGGCAAACCGGCCGAACUCCUGGACCUCUUCGGGAUCAGUGCCAAGAGCAUCCUAGCAGCUGUGAAGAGCACCUUUGCCAACUAACGCUCCGGCCAUGUCCGGGGCGAGGAGAGCCAGCUGCUUUCCGGUCCUCCACCCCCAGCCCAGCCCUGUUCUUUCGGCUAACUUCCUGCUCAAUGUGACCGAAACUGCUGCUAGCACGUCUGGGGCUUGUGAUUCCCCCUCCUCCCCCCAGGCCUGGGACAUGACUCACCCACUUGCCCAAGCCCAUCUGGCUAUUUCUCUGCACACUAGCAGCUAACAUUCCCUCCGGUGGUUGAGCAACUUCCACCCAUUCCCCUGAUGAGCUCCUGGGCUGUAGACAUUCCUUGCUAACCCAUGAGUAGUUUAUCAAGUGCUGCCUGCCACUGCUCCCAUCAUCUGCCGGGGCAGGGGUUCUGCAGGGCAAGGAGAGGCUGCCCCUCCCCAUGGCCAGUGGGGCCUCUGUCCCUGGGGUAGAUGGGGGGGGGCAGGUGUUCACAGGCGCUGCUAUGGACCAAUCUGUACUAGUCUUACCUAAAGCUGGUGCUGUGCAGGCUUUGUCCAAGAGCUGCGCGCUCGGGCGGCCCCGCUCCUAGGGGAAGGAGACAAAUAUUAAUGCAGCAGCAGCGUCUUAAUCUGCUACCACGACAUUCCUGGCACGAUCCAGGCCCCUGGCUCGGUCAGUGUUAGAAACGACCAAACCCAGCUCUCUUCCGGGGCUGACUGCUGCCACUUCAACAGGGCGGCUUCCCUUCAUCUGCGCUUCCAAAUAAAAGGGUUAAACCGA